ACGCGCUUUGAUAGGCACGUGGCGGAGCGGCACGUUCUCUGUUGUUUUCAGGGGACUUCAAACGGAAGGAUCUCUUAUCUCGGCUGCGUGUUUUUCCUUUUGAAACAGCGCGAUCGCCGGCUCAGUCUGGAUUUCUUUGCUACGCGGGCUCCUUCGUUUUGGGCUGCGAUGCGGUGUGCACAUCAAACGUAAGGCCCAGUGUCAUUUGUGUUCGGCCCGGUUGUGCAACCGUUAAGCUAACGGCUAACAUGGAUGCAUGCGCACGGAACGGUGACGUGGCGAACGGGCGCGUCAAAUAAUGUUGCUUUGAUGUGUGCGAAGAAAAGAAAAUCAAAGUUGGGUACUCCGCCAUUAACUUUGGAUCGGAUGAUAAUGUGUCAAAGCACCCCGGGGCCUCUCCUUGAAGGUUUCUGGUUGCCGCUGUCAUCUAAUAGCAGCGCAUUCAAUGUGUUGUUCGGGCGACGUCAAAUGUAAGCAUCUCGUCUAUCAACUGCGUCAUUUUUAUUUUUCCCUUUGAAAUGCGUUUUCACUGGAUCAGUCUGGAAUUCUUAGCGACGCGGCUCGUCUCUUCUGGGCUGUAAUGCCGAAGAAGUGUGGAACGUCAUGAACACUUUGAGCACGACGUCUCUGAUCCACUGGUCAAAGGACACUUGGAUUUUCUUCGAUACCUGCUUCGAACAAGGCGGAUGCAGGACGUGUUACCAGUACUGGCCGGAUCAGGGCAGCUGGACCUACGGGAACGUGCGCGUGGCAGUGAAGGACUCCGCCAUGCUGCAAUCCGGCGAUGCCGGCAAGAUGUGUGGUCACGCAGCUCCAUUUCACCAGCUGGCCCGACUCUCCCAUCGGCAUGCUCAAGUUCUCCAAGAAAGUCAAAGGCGCCCAAUCCGCCCUUUGCGUCCAUUGUGGGCCACUGCAGCGCCAGCGUUGGUCAGACAGGCAGGUUCAUCGUGAUUGUUGGGAUGAUGGACAAGAUGCACGCCGGGCAGGAAGUGGACGUGUUUGGCUUCGUUUGGAAACCCGAGAGCAGCGUCUGCAGCUCUUCCAGACGGACAUGCGUUAUUUGUUCAUCUACCAGGCGCCAAAAUGCGUAACUCUUAACGGCCUAAACAUAAUCGCUUCAUUGCCAAACCGACGAAUGCUUGUUGUUAUGACUAUUUGUGAUUUGAUGUGAACUGUUCUGUAAAGCGCUUUGUUUCAGCUGCAAGUGUUGUGAACUAAAGAUGUAUCACCUCCGAACCGAACACCACCCCAAAGACUCAACCUAACCUCAAUCCUACACUUUAUCCUACCCCCAACUCCAACCUAUGACACCCCAAACGUGUAUUCUUUAGGUUUGCAGUGACUUAACUGAUCACAUUUCAGAAUUACCCCGAACCCUCUCACCGUUCCUCUAACCUAAACCAUAGCCCAACUUUAAACACUAAACCCUAACCCUUGCAUCCUUCUAAAAGCGUCGAAACACCAAACCCAAACCGCCUGUAUGCCGAACCCGAACAGCCUAAAUGCGUCAUCGCCUAACCGUAACCCGAACACCUGACUAUCCUCUUAAACAAAGUCCCUCAAACCCUUACUCUGAACGCCUAACCUUUAAUGCCUAUACAUCUAACCACCUAACCCAAGAUGCCUAUCUGCCUCACCCUAAUUUCUAACCCCAAUCUCAAACCUCGAGCGCUAACCCUGAACAUCAUACCUUCACCUCAACCAUAAACCCCUAACACUGUCAACCCUCUAACUUUUAACCCUUAAUCCUACCCCUAACCACUUUAACCAUAUUCCAAAUGCUAACUCUAAACCUCAACCUGAAUCCUAAUUUCCCUUUACCCUCAAACCCAGGGGUGUCCAAACUCGGUCCUCAAGGGGUGCUGUCCUGCCUGUUUUCCAGCUCUCCCAGGAGCAACACGCCUGAUUCAAA